AUGUAUACUCAUGUAUUACCAUGUAUACUCAUGUAUAACCAUGUAUUGCCAUCUAUUAAUUACCAUGUAUUGCUAUGUAUUACCAUGUAUCACCAUGUAUUACCAUGUAUAGCCAUGUAUACCCAUGUAUACCCAUGUAAGGCCAUGUAUUACCAUGUAUUACCAUGUAUAGCCGUGUAUUGCCAUGUAUUACCAUGCAUACCAAUGUAUUACCAUGUAUACUCAUGUAUAGCCAUGUAUUGCCAUGUAUUACCAUGUAUUGCUAUGUAUUACCAUGUAUCACUAUGUCUUACCAUGUAUAGCCAUGUAUAGCCAUGUAUACCCAUGUAUAACCAUGUACUGCCAUGUAUUACCAUGUAUAGCCAUGUAUACCCAUGUAAUGACAUGUAUAGCCAUGUAUUACUAUGUAUUACUAUAUAUAUCCCAUGUAUCGCCAUGUAUUACCAUGUAUAGCCAUGUAUAGCCAUGUAUACUCAUGUAAAGUCAUGUAUUACUAUGUAUAGCCAUGUAUAGUCAUGUAUUACCAUGUAUUACCAUGUAUUGCCAUGUUUAGCCAUGUAUUACUAUGUAUUGCCAUGUAUAGCCUUGUAUUACCAUGUAUUGCCAUGUAUUACCAUGCAUAGCCAUGUUUACCAUGUACAGGCAUGGAUAGCCAUGUAUAGCCAUGGAUAGCCAUGUACAGCCACGCAUUACCAUGUAUUACCAUGUAUUGCCAUGCAUAGCCAUGUAUUACUAUGUAUUACCAUGUAUUGCCAUGUUUUACCAUGUACAGCCAUGUAUUACCAUGUAUACCCAUGUAAUGCCAUGUAUUGCCAUGUAUUACCAUGUAUAGCCAUGUAUCACCAUGUAUUGCCAUGUAUUACCAAGUAUUGCGAUGUAUUGCCAUGUAUUGCAAUGUAUUACCAUGUCCUGCCAUGUAUUGCCAUGUAUUAACAUGUAUUGCCAUGUAUCGCCAGGUAUUACCAUGUAUUACCAUGUACUGCCAUGUAUAAGCAUGUAUUUCCACGUACUGCGAUGUAUUACCAUGUAUUACCAUGUCUCACCAUGUAUUACUAUAAAUUACCAUUUAUUGCCAUGUAUUACCAUAUAUCACCAUGUAUUGCCAAGUAUUACCAUGUAUUGCCAUGUAUAACCAUGUAAUGCUACGUAUAGCCAUGUAUAGCCAUAUAAUGCCUUGUAUAGCCAUGUAUUACGGUGUAUUACAAUGUUUUACCAUGUAUUACUAUGUAUUACCAUGUAUUGCCAUGUAUUAUUAUGUAUCACCAGGUA